AUGUCUCAAACUCCACAAGAAGGAACAACAACAGCAUUAAUUGACAAUAUCAGACAUUUAGCGAAUUGCAAUCCAAACUCUGAAGAUUUUGAAAUUAUUUAUCAUAUUUUAAUCAAAAGUGCAAAAGAAAAUGAUAAAGAGGCACUUCAAUUUGCCGGCGAUCACAAUUAUUCUCGUGUGAGAAAUAAAGAUGGAUUAACACUCAUAGAAUAUGCAUUUAAAAAAGGCAAUUUUUCAGACAUUGAUUAUCUGUUAACUGUUCCAAACAUAGAUGCCGCAGUUUCAGAUUAUAGUAUAUAUUUUGAUUGGGAUGAAGGCCAUCAAUUUGUUUCAGGUGAGGAUAUCUAUAGUCUUGAUCGAAAUCGUUUUGAUAUUUAUGCCGCAAAUAUCACAGCUAUCAAUCAAAUGGGUAAAAAUGCAUGGCAAGUCCACCUUCCAGAUUAUCCAGAUGAUGAUUUUAUUACUGUAAGCACCAAACGCUUCCUUCCAAUAAAUAAAAUAAAUACAGCUAUCUAUAAAUGUCAGGAAGCAGUGAGGUUAGAAAAAGAUGCUGAGGAAGAGUCAGAAGCGAUCUAA